CAAUGGUCCAUCAAAAUUUCAAAGAGGGAUUUUUGAUCAUUGGAGGACCCAAAGAUAUGUGGUGAGUGGUGGCAGAAUUUUGGUUGGUUAAUGGAUAGCCAUGCGAACCAUCACUCAAUCUCACUUCUUUUGAUCGAAUUUCCUCCAAUUUUGCAAAAACAAUUCUGUUCCUGAUUUCCUCCCUCAAUUCAUAAUCCAAUCUUCUUCUUCUUCUUCUCCUCUGCUUCAUCUUCUUCAACAAUGUUGAACUGCUCUCACUCAGUUUACCCGCACCAUCACAAUAGCUACAUCAAUAUCCCUUCUUCAACUCCGAUUACUUCUUCUUCCUCCACAUUUUCCCUGCACCAUUCCACGUCCCUUUCCUUCUCUUCCACUUCCAAGUCCCGCCAUGGAUCGCUUCAUCUCAACGCUAAUCCCCGCCAAAAGGUUGGUCCUUAGCAUAAGUUUUCUUUUUUUCCCCCCUCUUCAAAAUGCUUCAAAUUUGCGAAAAAUUUUAGUUUCAGUAGGGAACUUAAUGUUUGGUGAUGUCCCAUUACGCUGUUUUAGUUCAUGUAUCUGUAAUGGCUCUGGCAAUGGGUGUUUGUUGUCUCAGAAAAGAUUGCAUUUUUAAUUUCUUUUCGGUCGUUAUAUGAAAUUUCGGAUCAGGGGUUUAAAGUUUUAUGCUCCAGAAGCGAGCCAUUGAAGGUGAUGAUAUCUGGGGCCCCUGCUUCUGGCAAAGGGACUCAAUGUGAAUUGAUCGUUCAGAAGUUUGGACUGGUUCAUGUCUCAACUGGAGACCUUCUGCGAGCUGAAGUGUCAGCUGGCACUGAAAUUGGAAACAAAGCAAAAGAGUAUAUGAAUUCCGGCCGUCUUGUUCCUGAUGAAAUUGUUACUGCUAUGGUCAAAGCACGGUUGUCGCGGGAUGAUGCAAAGCAGAAUGGCUGGCUUCUAGAUGGAUAUCCUAGAACUUCUGCUCAAGCACAAAGUCUUGAGGAAAUGAAGAUUAGACCAGACGUCUACAUUUUGCUCAAUGUUCCUGACGAAAUACUAAUUGACAGAUGUGUCGGUAGAAGGCUAGAUCCCGAGACAGGGAAAAUUUACCACAUCACUCAUUUCCCUCCUGAGAGUGAGGAAAUUAAGAAAAGGCUUAUAACUCGUCCUGAUGAUACUGAGGAGAAGGUCAAAUCGCGUCUACAGAUAUACAAGCAAAAUGUACAGGCGAUCUUAUCCACGUACUUGGACAUAUUAAAUGAGAUUGAUGGAAAUCGUCCAAAAGAUGCGGUCUUUAAAGAAAUUGAAAAUUUACUUCUGCGCUUGGAGGAGAAAAAAGAAGCUGGAAAAUCUGGGGUUGGGGAUAACAAAAACCCUACUAAGCCAACAUUCAUCAAGGAGAGCUGGAGAGGGAUUCCAACUAGAUUGAAUAACAUCCCGCAUUCACGAGAAAUCAGGGAAUAUUUCUAUAAUGACAUUCUGCAAGCUACCACGAGAGCAAUAAAUGAUGGAAAAACUCGAUUAAAGGUGGAGAUAAAUCUUCCUGAAUUGAAUCCUGAAAUGGAUGUUUAUCGAAUAGGUACAUUGAUGGAACUGGUUCGAUCUGUUGCUCUCUCAUUUGCUGAUGAUGGGAAGCGUGUAAAGGUUUGUGUCCAAGGAGCUAUGGGAAAAGGAGGUCCUUCUGGCAUGCCUCUUCAGCUUGCAGGAACUCGAAAAAUCCUGGAGUUCAUGGAUUGGGGAGAAUAUGGUGCUAAGGAUACCUUUAUUAGAAUUGGUUCUAUUGGUGCUGAAGAAGUUGAAGAGCAGGAUGAUAUGUUUCUUUUAGUCGCUCCUCAAAACGCUAUAGGAAAUUGCAUUAUUGAUGAUCUAAAAGCUAUGACUGAUGCGGCUGGUAAUCGGCCAGUUGUUCUUAUAAACCCUAGAUUAAGGGAUGUUCCUGGUGCAAGUGGCAACAUGCAGACAAUGGGCCGUGAAAAGAGAUUGGAGUAUGCGGCGUCAUUCGAGAUAUGCUACUUCUUCCGGUUGCUCUAUUAUUCAGGAACACAGUAUCCCAUUAUGGGUGCUCUCAGGAUGUCUUAUCCUCAUGCAUAUGAGCUAUACAAAAGGGUUGAUGAGUCGCCCGGAAAGGAGAAAUAUGUGAUCUUAUCUAGCUUCUCCAAGAGACCGACUGGUGAAGAGAUUAACGAUGCAUUUGAAGGAAGAGAUAGGAGUAAAGCUAAGAGGCCUUCUGGGAUUUGGGGCUUCUUGAGUAGCGUCUUCUGA